AUGAGCUUUCCCGGACGCAAACCUCUUCCACUAUUGGAGGACCUGCCCCUGCGCAGUGAAGACCCGCCUUUGUCUGCAUGGGGACUUUGGGAGAAUGACCAACUAGGCAGUCUUAAUUAUUUGACAGAUGAAGUUGUUUUGAAGGCCGCUAAAGAUGAGCUGCAGACCGGAACGAGAGUCGGAUUGAAUCUACCAAUGGAUUUCAUUGUCCCUGCACUUUUGGGCCGCGUAGGUUUCUCAAAACACAUUCAUAAUAAGGCUCCCCGUGUGAUCAAUGACGACAUCGUCACCUUCAACACCCAGUGUAGCUCUCAAUGGGACAGUUUCCGACACUUUGCGUAUCAGGCAGAAGGAAAGUUCUAUAAUGGUGUCACGCAGGACGAUAUCCACAAAGAUUCAAACACUACCGCCAAUGGACUUGAUGCAUGGGCUUCAAGGGGCAUUGCUGGACGCGGCGUGUUCAUCGAUUAUUUUGACUGGGCUCAAGAGCACGGUAUCCAAUACGACGCCUUGACGGCUCACCCCAUCCCUAUAGGGCAUGUCAAACAAAUCAUCGCGGAGAAGAGUAUUCAUAUACGCCAAGGAGAUAUACUCUUCAUGCGGACGGGAUACGUCCAGGCAUACGCAAAAUUGACGCCAGAUGAGCGCGAGGAGCUGAGCAAAAAGCGCGGCUCCCCCGGUCUUGGUCAAGGAAAAGAAACAACACAAUGGUUGUGGGAUUCGCAAUUCGCAGCGGUCGCUGCUGACUCCGUAGCCUUUGAAGUUUCCCCUCCGGUUGAUCCUCAGUAUCAUCUGCAUCCGAUACUUCUGUCUGGCUGGGGAACGCCCAUUGGAGAGCUUUUCGAUCUGGAGGCUCUGUCGGUAACAUGCAAGAAAUUGAAGAGAUGGACGUUCUUCAUGACUUCGGCGCCGUUGAACUACACUGGAGCUGUAGCAUCGCCACCUAAUGCCUUGGCUCUCUUUUAG